AUGCUCGGCUUCCGGCCCUUAUCGGUGGGCAAGAGGAAAGCCCAGUCAUACAACCAAGCACCCUCCGCCGAGCGCGAUGUUGAAGACGGUGGAUACAAUGAAAAGAGCAACGACAGCGACGACUACGAAGCCUACAUGUCUUCCGACUCAUCGAGUCCGUCUUCUUCGCGGCACUCCUCAGGCGCAUACGACCAAAACCCAAACAACAUCGAGUCACGGCCACUCCGGCGACCACCCAAAUCCCACCGAAGAGCACCAUCGAGACCUACCGUAAGCGCAUACAGCUACAGAAACCCCCGGGCCUGUACACGAUACUUUGGGUUGGCAAUAGCAUCCACACUGCUUCUGUUCAUGUGGUUUCUGUUCAGCAGCAGUUGGCAAUCGAUAAGAAACGCCGAGCUUGGCCUGCACAAGCCUCCCCCACCGCCAAACGUAUGGGAGAGCUUCCCGUUCCUCAAGAGGUAUCAUGGCGGAAUCCGGUCGCUAGUCAGCCGGGAAAAGAAUGUCCCUGAAUACCCCACCAAGCAGGAUAUUGACCCUGAGCUGCCUGCUGCGGAGCCCAAGGAGGGGGCAAAAGAGCGGAGAUCAGAAGGCGCACACAUUCCUGAUUCUAUACCCUUUGACCCAUUCCCAGAAUACAGCGGCUCAAACUACGUAGACAAGUACGGACCGGUUGAGACAUGUUAUGUUGAUGCCAAUGACACUAUCAAGGUACCGGGACUGCGAGCAUACAAGGGUGUUCCCCAAGGCAUGCCAGAUAAUGUUAUUGGAAGCUAUGAACUACUGGGUCUGAGAAACGACAUCUGUUUUGAGCGCUUUGGCCGGUUGGGUCCGUAUGGUCUGGGUUACAGCAAGCGGCGGGGCGGUACUGGCGCUGGCAUGGAGGGUGACCGGGAAGGAAUUGAAGAUGUUUGGAAGACUGAUUCCGAGGUCGACUUUCGCGAGGUCAACUGGGCUGACGCUGUCAAUCGGUGCUUGGAAAAGAACAAGGGCCGCUUCGAGAAGCAGCCCACCCCUCGUCCUCAUGGUUUCCAGAGUAUGCGCAAGCGGGACACUGAGACUGAAGAGAAAACACCUGUUGACACCACAACCCGCGAGAAGCCAAAGAAAGCGCACAAGGCUCUUCUUCCGCGUACUGCAGUCCUCCUCCGAACAUGGUGGGACUACCAAUACGAUGAUGAGGAUCUAAUGUACCUUCGCGCUCUCAUCUCCGAGCUAAGUCUUUCCUCGGGAGGCGAAUACGAGGUCCACUUCUUGAUCCACGUCAAGGAUGACAACAAGCAGAUUUGGGCCGACGAAAAGGUCUAUGAAGAAGUUCUCAAGAACUCUUUGCCUGCUGAAUUUGCCGGCAUGGGCACCCUCUGGUCAGAACGUCAAAUGGGUCUAAUCUACGGAGGCCUCGAGGAGACCAACUACCGUGGUUUGCCUGUCCAUGGCGCCUAUCGCUCUACUUUUAUGCCCGUAACGUACUUUGCCCACCAGCACCCUGAAUAUGACUACUUCUGGCACUGGGAGAUGGACGUGCGAUACACUGGACACUACUAUCAUCUCUUCGAACAAGUCUCCAAGUGGACAGCCGCCCAGCCCCGCAAAGGGUUAUGGGAGCGCAACGGACGUUUCUACGUACCCACUGUGCAUGAGACCUGGGAGGAUUUCAAGCACACAGUGCGUGUGCAGACUGAACAUGGCACCAAUAGCCAGGCAAACAGAUGGUCUAAGCAUCUCCCACCGAACCCCCAUGUCCCUGGUCGGGAGACGCUCAAGCCCGAGAAAGCAAUCUGGGGCCCUGAACUUCCAGAUGAUUACCCAGAUAUCGAGAUUGACCCUGCGGUAAAGCCAAACACUACCAUGACUGAGGACAAGUAUGAGUGGGGCGUAGGCGAGCCUGCAGAUCUUAUCGUAUUCAACCCCCUGUUCGACCCUGACCAGACCAACUGGAUCCUGGCCGACGAUACUACUGGUUAUGAUCUUAAGAAUGGCCGCCCACCACGACGAACAGCCAUCAACACCUCUGGACGCUUGUCAAGGAGGCUCCUGGAAACCAUGCACCGUGAACAGUCGCUCUUCCGUCAUACCAUGUUUAGCGAAAUGUGGCCUGCCUCGUGCGCUCUGCAUCACGGUCUCAAAGCUGUGUACGCGCCUCAUCCUGUCUUUAUUGAUCGAAAGUGGCCCACGCAGUAUCUCGCUGCUAUUUUCAAUAAUGGUCGCAACGGCGCAUCAGGAGGUGCUCGUCUUUCGGUCUUUUCUGAUGAGAGGCAACACAACUUCCUCGGCACCACAUGGUACUAUCACGCCGGCUUUGCGCCUAACCUGUGGAAGCGCUGGAUGGGAUACAAGGUCGAUAAUGAUGGUGGUGAGGAAUACGAGCUGGCUCACGAAGGCCGCAUGUGUCUUCCAGCAGUGUUGCUACAUCCAGUCAAGCAGGUCGACUUGAUACAAGAGCGGGUAGAAGAGACUCCAGCAGAAGAGCGUUGA